CACAAGGUUAUGAAUGAAGGGCAUGACACCUGACCCAGAAAAUAUCUGUCCUGUUACAACACUGCGGUGGACCUUACCUUUCUACUUCUACUUUGGCAUCGCACAGCAACAAUGUCAAAGAUUGUACAGUUCGCACCGUUUCAAUCUGCUGUAGAAGCACCAUUUUGGCACGCAUUGGCCAAGAAAAAGCUUGAUAUCUUCCAACUAUCUGACGAUGAACAAGCGAUUAUAGGAUUCUACACUAGCGGUCAAUCGGUACGGGAUACUACCACUGGAAGAUCCGUCGAAAUCCCUCCAAGGCUAUCUAUUAGCAAUGAAAGCUUAGAAUUCUCGCCACGCGAAGCGCUUCAAAAUUUGCAAGUCAACAACUUUCCAGCUCCGGGAAAUUUGAAGAACACAAAUACAAUUGAGGACUUCAAGAAUGCCGACAAAAAAGCGAUAUUAAACACAGCUUCUGAAAAAGUUUGGCAAGCUAUUGUAUCUGGUGAAUCCGACACAUGCCCUAUGCAGCUAGUCAAUUUUACCAUUUUGACAUACGCGGAUUUGAAGAAACAUAAAUUCUACUAUUGGUUUUCUUUCCCGGCCCUUCUUCCUUCAUCUCCUUGGACGUUUGUUAAUGAAAAAGGACCAUCUACCAUUAGGGAGUCAUUUUCUACAACUGAGAUCAACAGUUUGCAGGAGACAUACGCUGAGUACAAAUCGCAAAAUCAAGCAAAUGGAAAUUCGGCAUUCUUUCUUGUAAAGCGAUCCACUGCCGCCGACAAGGUCAGCAUAGGCAGCCUCGCACAAUGGAAGGAAUUCAUCUCGAGUGGAGACACAGAAAAUGUUCUGCUGGGAUUUGUGGAUCCCUCUGGACUAAGAGAGCAUCCAGGCUGGCCACUGAGAAACCUACUUGCUUACGCUAACGUUAGACUCGGUUUACAAAGAGUUCAAAUUUUAUGUCUACGAGAUAAGCUAGCCAAAAAUGAGCUUUCUUCGUCUCUUCUGCUUCAUGUUGAGUUAGAAGCUGAUGCAUUUUAUACCGAUGAUGCAAAGUCAAUACCCAAAUCAGUGGGUUGGGAAAAGAGUAUAACUGGUAAGCUGGCACCAAGGCUAGCUGACCUUGCGCCAAUGAUGGACCCUGCAAGGCUCGCUGACACUGCAGUUGACUUGAAUUUGAAGCUUAUGAGAUGGCGCCUUCUCCCGGAGCUGCAACUCGAAAAGAUACAAUCAACCAAAUGUCUACUUUUAGGAUCUGGAACUCUUGGUUGCUAUGUAGCACGAUCUUUACUAGGAUGGGGUGUUCGAAAAAUCACAUUUGUCGACUAUGGCAAAGUAUCGUUCUCUAAUCCAGUUCGACAACCCCUAUUUGUGUUUGAAGAUUGCUUGGAUGGAGGUGCUUCUAAAGCACAAGCUGCUGCUGCCAAUCUUCAAAAGGUUUAUCCAGGAGUGGAUGCAACUGGUGUGGAACUCUCCAUACCAAUGCCAGGUCAUACAGUUGCGAACGAAAGCAAAGUCUCCCAGGAGGUUGACCAGCUAAGAGAUUUGAUUGCCAGCCACGAUGUCAUCUACUUAUUGAUGGAUAGCCGUGAAAGUCGGUGGUUACCUUCACUGAUUGGUGCGCAAAUGCGUAAGCUAGUGAUCAAUGCAGCUCUUGGUUUCGACAGUUUUCUAGUGAUGAGACAUGGCGUCCGGGUUGCAAAUGAGGACAUGCAUGAUGUAGGAGAUAACUCUAACCAACUGGGGUGCUACUAUUGUAAUGACGUGGUUGCUCCUACUGAUUCUUUAACCGAUCGUACCUUGGAUCAGCAAUGUACAGUCACCAGACCUGGCCUGUCGUCCAUAGCAAGCGCCAUGGCGGUAGAGCUGAUGGUCUCCUUGCUCCAUCAUAAGCUAGGCGUAUACGCUCCUGCAGAUACAGCUGCUGACGACAAAGAGCCAAGUGAAGAAUCAUCGCCACUAGGCAUUCUUCCACAUCAGAUAAGGGGAUUCUUGGGUAACUUCAAUAAUAUGCUGAUAGCAGGCAAAGCCUACGACCGAUGUACAGCUUGCUCUGAAACGGUUAUAAACCGGUAUGAAGUGGAAGGAUUUGAAUUUUUGAAAAAGGCAUUCAACGACCCACAAUACUUGGAAGAGGUGACUGGAUUAGCGCAGAUGAAAAGGGAAAGCGAGGAGCUGCUAAAUAAUGAUGACUGGAUGAAUGACGACAGUGAUGCCGAUGAAGAUCUUUUGUAAACGAUAUUGAGAAGCAAGGAAGGGAGAGGGUUUAUUCAUAAUAUACAGAAGACUUAUAUCAAAUCUGAAUCUUCCAAGAAUCUGUAUUCAAAGCUAGAAUCAUUUAAUUUGUUAAAUUAUUAAUACACUGAUUGUAUGAGAUUCUCCCAA